AUGCCUAGGCCGAUCUCCCCCCUUUCUGACUCACUUCCCCCUCUGAUCUUUGGGACCGCCACCUUCAACUAUCAGUACAAUGUCGAUCCAUACGCCUUGGGCCCUACCGCUCUCGUCCAGAAAGCUCUUGCCCAGGGAAUCCAUGCUUUCGACACCUCUCCUUACUAUGGACCUGCCGAAGAGAUCCUCGGGACAGCUCUCGACACUGACCUAGUUCGCAGACACUACUGUCGGGACGACUAUUUCCUUCUCACCAAGGUCGGCCGAAUCGCCGCUGAUGUCUUUGACUACUCUCCGUCCUGGGUGAGACAAAGUGUCCAGCGGAGUUGCAAGCGUUUGCGAACCGAUUACCUUGACGUCGUCUAUUGCCAUGACUGCGAGUUCGUAUCUCCCGAGGAGGUUCUCGCUGCCGUCCGCGAGCUUCGUCGCAUCCGUGACGAGGAAGGAACCCUCAAGUAUGUCGGCAUUUCCGGUUAUCCAGUUCAUGUUCUUUGUGAUCUGGCCGAAAUGAUUCUCCGCAAGACCGGGGAAGCUCUCGAUAUCGUUCAGUCUUAUGCGAAUUUUACCCUCCAAAACACAAGGUUGCUUUCUGAAGGCCUCCAGCGGCUUAUCAACACCGGCGUCAACGUUGUAACGAAUGCUAGCCCUCUGGGCAUGGGCCUGUUAAGAAGAGAUGGCCCUUCAGUAGGCGCGAUGGGUAAUUGGCAUCCAGCACCAAAUGAUCUGCGCCAGGCGUGUAUCGACGCCGGAAAAUGGGCCGAAACCAAAGGAGAAAAGUUGGAAGUUGUAGCGGUUCGAUUUGCCCUCGAAAACUGGCUCCGCGAAGGUUCCAAAGUGGGAGCCCUGGGUAGUCCUCUGGGGAAGACUGACGCUUCUUACGGGCACGCCCUGACAUUGCCUCGAGAAAAACUUGGUGUCAGUGUCAUGGGUGUGAGUAAAAUGGAAGAGCUUGAUGAGACCAUGCGAGUUUGGAGAAGUGUCCUCGACGGUUUGGCUGACGAUCUUGAUGCUGAACCAGGAACCAUCACUCCAUCAGAUGCCGUCAGUGACCAUGAAUGGUCUCUUUGGCGUCGACAAGCUAUUCGUGUCCUUGCUAAAGGGAUCCGAGAAGUUAUCGGCCCUCAGUGGGUGGAUUAUGCUUGGGCCUCUCCAGACCCUGGAUUUGUUAACCAACGACUGAACUCAUUCGUGGUUGAGACGCCACAAGCCGAGGCGCCGGCAGCGGAUACUGCAAUGUUGACGCCGCCUUCAGAAGCAGAUGACAACGGGAUUCCCGUCGAUGUCCCUGCUUUAUGCUGUGAAGCGUAA